CUUGAUCCGGUCGGUCAUCCUAAGCCAGUCAAGAGCGAUGUAUCGGGAUACAUGUCCCCGAGUAGAUGUCCGCUACUUCCUAGAACGGCGGGUUACUUCUUCGGUCGACUCGGUUGUCUUAGGGCAACUUUCUGCACUAAACCUUCCUGUCAUGCUGUCCGCUCACAAGCUCUCUCGGUAACACGCGGCACACAACGAUGGAUCCUAGCUAAUGUGACUUGGUCGAGCCUCUGCGAAGGAAAGCGCCUGAAGGCCUUCUCUCUUGAGUGACGGUCGAAAUGAGCCACUUGACUCCCUCCACCGCAUUUGUAGGGCUCUUCAGUGCACUGCAGGGGUGAAUGCGAAGGUGUGUUGCCCUCGGCCGACACCUCGAGCCGUCCUCAAUGCUGUCCGAUGACCCAAUCUUGCGCUCGGUGAAGCCGUCAUCUUUCGUACAUGACUUGUCCACCGCCGGCGAAGGCUCCUUGGCAUCACUGGAACCCAGUAACAGGCCGCCGUUUCCCUCGUGGGUUGCAUCGCCAGCUUUUGAGCUGCCGGGAGAUGCGGCAAGGUCUCCAUCAUCGGCCACAAGCUCCUUGCGGGGCACGGCAGGCUCGGAGCGCAUGGGCACUGGAGGCCUCUCAAUAGGGAUCUGAGGGGAGGGGUUGGCCACCUCGACAGUCUUGAGCUCAAGGCGCCGUGCAAUCUCGUCGACGUGGGCGGCCUGUGGGAGGUCUUGCUUGUUGGCCAGCAGCAGGACAGGCACUGUGCCGAGAUCAGGAUGCGAAAGGACUCCAUGCAGGCACUUCCUCGCCUCACCUAAGGCGACAAACACGAGCCAGGUCGGAGCACUCAAUUGCUCUUCAUUCACUUCACUGUUUACCAAAUCUGUCUGCGUCGCUGGAGUCAACAAGAAACAGGACUCCAUCAGUCUAAGGCACACAGAAGGAAGCAGAGGGCACGGCAUCGGAUGGAUGUCUGUACAGAUGGGACAUGUUCAAGCAUCCGGUCACCUCGCUGUAGUACUUCUGCCAAACAGACCGGAACGCCAGCUGACCCCCCAAGUCCCAGAAUAUUGCUGAUCUGCACAACCAGGAGGUGCAUGAGCUCAUUCACUCCUCUUUCCACUGAUUGGGACGAAACUGCUGUGUCCGAGGGCCUUACACGCUGCCGAUCUUGACCUUUGCGAGGUUGAAGCCUAUGGUGGGAAUCGCUGGAAACACAAUCAUCGAAACACGCCUACUGCCCGUCCACUCCCUCGUCCGAAAGCAUACUUACUGUCCAGCUGCGAACGUCCCUUCAGGUGGUUGAGAAGUGUCGUCUUUCCCGCUCCGUCGAGCUGUGCAGCAGCAGGGAAGGGAAACAAUGGGGGGGAUGUCCUUCUUUUCCCUCUCUUCCCUCUGCACGGCUGACCCCGAGAAUGGCUAUCUUCACUUCCGAUGUCGACCACUGAUCGGAAGAGAGCACACAUGAGCACGCGAAUCAAGCAAUCAGCCUCCACUGACCAGCCACCGCAGAAAGCCACUGAGGAGGGAGAACUGACACGGAGGACAAUCAAGCGAUAAUGAGCGCAGCAUGUGAUGAAUCGGCUUCUUUCGCCUCACCAUGGGGGACCGCAGGUGUCGAUGCCCGCAGCUACAUGGGUUCCAUGGGAAGGGCAGAUAGGCCUUGUGCAUGCAUUCUGCGUAUGCCUGUUGCC